AUGUCCGCGUCGUCCUGCAGGUUAUUCCCGGGGUUGUCCAUCCGAGACAGACCGCAUGUUUGGAAAGUCUGUUGCUGUUAUCUGAUGAACGGCUCCGGGCUUCGACAGGCAGAAAUGGGCGUGUUUGAAGCCUCACUUCCUCGUCUGACAGCGCAGGAGCUGCUGUGGAGUGCGCGUCACGCUCCCCCGGAUAAUAACCCCAGCAGCCUCACCUCCGAUAAUCUGCGUUUAUCCCCCGCAGAGAGGCGAAAACGCAAAGUUACAAUGCGAGAAAGGCCCGUGUGUGAUGUGCAUGUGUUUGUGUGUGUGAGAGUGUGUCGCACUUUGAUUAUGGUUUCAGCACAGCCAGGGGCUUUUCCUGCGGAGCAGUCCGGAGAUCCGGCAUCCGGAGCGGCUACGUUGCCAGGCAGUUCCCCCCAAUAA